GAAACGCUUGGAGCACAAAGGCAGAGCUGCGUAUCCGGUUUCCAGGCGUGGAAGGACGGCGAAGACAUGGCGGCUGACGAGUCCAUGUUCGUGAGGACGGUUCUGGCUGUUAAUAACGCGGAGGACUCGUGUUUAGCGUUACCGACUGAGGAGCGGUUGGCUCGCGCUGCUGCGGACGCGGAGAGUGACGGAGCGCAGCGGCGGAGUCGCGUGGAGCAGCAGGUGCAGCAGCUCAGCCUGUCCCGCAAAGCCAGGCGGCCCGCGGGGGGGAAAGGUAGUGCAUCUAGCGGCCAAUUUACAAGUACCACACCUUUCAGAAGUAGCGCUAUGAAGCUCCACACGCCUUUGAACCAUAACGAUGCUUCAGGACGAAGUAGAUCUUCGUUUAGGAUGAAUAAGUCUCAUUGGGCGAGUCUGCGGUUUCCUCGGGUUAAUGGCGGAGAGUAUGGGAUGUGUCGAUAUGGCUCAUCAGGAAUCAACUUCGCCUGGGGAUCUGCAGGUCUUACUCUCCCUGUGAUGCGAGCUGUGGGUUCAGUCGACCGUCUCCAUGGGACCUUCCCCUCGCAGAACACCGCCUGUUCCGAGAUGCUCCAAACCACUCGGCCGUUCGCUACACUUCAGCUUCCUAUCAGUCCUGCCUUUGACGACAGUCUUGAUGAUGUCUUCCUACCUGACAAUUCAAACGUCAUCUCAAGUGCACCGCAUCAGAAGGUCUUUUGUAAGAAACAGACUAUUCGCAGAGCAACUAGUCUGCAAGGAGAUGCAGUGUUUGCACCACCGAACAUGUCCCUUGUGGCUCAGGAGAACAGGCAGAGGCAGGAGACAGUGAGAAGACAACCUUCACUGGUCAGAGCACGCACAACGAAAAUGACAGUGGCCAAACAGCAAGAAGCAACAGCUGACACUCUAAAAAGCAGAAAGAAAGAUGCACCGAUGACGAUGAGGAUGGCUGUAAAUCUCCUGACUGAGAAGAACCAGGAAAUGCAGAUCUCUGCUGCAAAUUUCAUACAAAACCAGUGCUUCAACAGUGCAGAUGCUAAGAGAAGGCUGGCUAUGCUGCAUGGCAUCCCGAAGCUUUUAAAGCUCAUGGAGUCAGACAGCAGUGAGGUGCAGCAAGCUGCAGCUGCUGCCUUGAGAAAUGUCAUCUACGAAAACAACGAUAACAAGAUGGAGGUGAACAACCAUGAGGGUGUCGAUGUAAUUCUGCACCUGCUCAAGGAAAACCGCGACGUUGAAACCCGGCGACACCUCACGGGGUUGCUGUGGAACUUGUCCUCUCACGACAUGCUAAAGGAGCAGCUCGGCAGAGAAGCAGUAAAACCCAUCACUGACACCGUCCUCGUGCCCUGCUCGGGUAUUACUGAGGGCGAAGAUCCCAAACUGGACCUACUGGCAGAUCCUGAGGUCUUCCUUAAUGCUACAGGCUGCCUGAGAAACGUGAGCUCAGCUGGACCGAACGCACGCAAGUCCAUGAGAGAUUGUGAUGGCCUCAUUGACUGCCUUGUUUAUUACAUCCGUAGGACCAUCGCGGAUUAUAAACCUGACGAUCGGGCCUUAGAAAAUUGCGUGUGCAUCUUGCAUAACCUCACCUAUCAGUUUGAGUGCGAGGUGCCUGAAACGAUCCAGCCAGUGAUGCAGGUGUCCAGACAGAGUGCUGCCGCAGAGGCCUGGAGACCUGGCUGCUUGGUUAUGAGAAACGCCCAACCCUCUGAAGCAGAUGAUCACUCGGAAUCCAAUUGCCUUCUGCUGGAGGAGAAGUGUAACCCACACGGUGUGGAGUGGCUGUGGAGCAGCAUCACCAUCCGCAUGUACCUGUCACUUCUUGCCAUCAGCAAUCGCCAGCUCACACAGGAGGCGUCCAUCGGAGCCAUGCAGAACCUGACGGCAGGAAACGGAGGGGUGUCGCACGCCAUGGCCUACAGCAUCGGUCAGAAAGAAGGAGGCCUGCAGCAGGUGAAGAAGGUGCUGCAGGAGGGCGAGGAUGAGGUGAAGAGAGCCUCAGUGUGUCUGCUCAAAAACAUGUCACGCUACAAAGGGCUCCAUUCUGACAUCAGUAACCAGCUGUUGCCAGAGCUGGUUGCCAUGCUUCACACUUCAGACACAGCUAUGGCGCAGUCUGGUGACAUCACAUCCGUCUGUCAGAUUCUAAACAACCUGAGCCAGACGUCUGUACAGAAUGCCCGCACUGUUCUCAACAACGGGGUCCUUCCUAUAAUCAUCAAGAUCAGCAGCAAAGAGAGGCAUGGAUCCACACAGGCUGGCCGGGCUGCUAGUGUUCUGCUGCACACUCUGUGGAGAUACCCUGAGCUUCAUGGUAGCUACAAGAAGGCUGGUUAUAGGAAGACAGAUUUCAUCAACAACAGGACUGUGAAGGCAGUGAAUUCAACUUGUAACUGACCUCAAGUGGAAAACCGGAGAACUACUCUAAAGGAAACACUACACGAAUAAUAAGGACUGGUGAAGACUAAUUUCUUCCUAAAAUGCACUUUCAGUUUCCUCAGAAAUGUCGUUCUGGUGCUCUGCUCCUGUGUAGUGGCAUUUCUUACAGGGUGUUGGAACUGGAUUGGUCUUUUAUUUCCUACUGCUAAGAAAGACGCAUCAGUGCCGACAUCUCUGAUGGCUUCCGAGUGCUGCCAUGAGUCAAAUUUUGCUUUUGUGCCUCCACUGCUAACAGCAAAUGGGAUACAUGAAUGUCUUGUAGCACUUGAGUGGAUUUUGCAUGUCAUCAUGUUCCAAAAAACACAACACCUUAACGCGAGUCAGUCAUGAUGUUACAUGCAUCCUAAUCCAAAAAUAAAUCAAUGGAUAGUUAAAAUAAUCAGUUGAAAGCUUGUUUUAAGCAUGUACAUGAAUGUUUUAAUGGGAAUAAAUCCAUGGAGUUCAAACCGAAUUAAAUUUUAAUCCGAUGAAAAAAUAAAGAUGCUCCUGUUCAGAA